AUGUCGUCCGCUGCAACGCGUCGUGGUAAUUUCUUUGGAAAAGAAAAUAACACAUCACUCGAUUCAACUAAACAACUGGCUAAGGACAGUCUUGCUGAAAAAAAUUCCAAGACCGAUCAAGAAAAUAUACCCAAUGGCUUAAAAAAUUGUCUCGUCUCUGCGAUUCCUGAUUCUUAUGUUGGAUAUUCAAAUAUCCCAAAUCAUGCCUUCAGGCGUGCAGUCCGCCAAGGUUUUGAUUUCAAUUUAAUGAUCAUUGGGGAGACUGGUCUUGGGAAAUCGACAUUUGUUAAUACUUUGUUCUUAACCGAUAUUUACGGUAAUGAUUAUCCGGGACCUUCAGCACGGGUGGUUAACUCAGUUGAAGUGCGUUCGACAACUGUUUUCCUUCAGGAGGAUGGCGUGUCUCUUCGAUUGUCAGUUAUUGACACACCCGGUUUCGGUGAGUGCGUCGACAAUUCUGAGUGCUGGAAACCAAUUGUUGACUAUAUUGAUGCCCAAUUUGACAAUUAUAUGGCCGCGGAAGGGAGAAUUACUCGGAAUUCCAAGAUAAUCGAUACUCGUGUUCAUGCAUGCCUUUAUUUCCUUGCACCAACAGGGCAUCGACUAAAAAGUUUGGACAUUGAGUGCCUCAAACACAUCCAAGACAAAGUGAAUGUCAUUCCAAUUAUCGGAAAGGCUGACUGCCUAACUUCAGAAGAGUGCAAUGAAUUCAAGAAAAACAUUUUAGCUGAUCUUCAACGUCACCAGAUCAAAAUAUAUGACUUCAUGGAGGGUGAUAAAAGUAAUGACGAUUUGAAAUCCGACCCGGAACGCAGUCGGAUGCGGAAUUUACGUGGACGGAUUCCAUUUGCCGUAGUUGGUUCCAACACUUGCAUUACUAACAGUGCAGGGAAUCGGGUUAGAGCCCGCACUUAUCCGUGGGGUACUGUAGAGGUUGACAAUGUGGAACACAAUGACUUCGCUAUUUUGAGCUACUACCUCAUUCAGUUACAAAUGCAGAAUCUUCGUGAAGUUACACAUCGUCGUCACUACGAGAACUAUCGUUCGACUAAAUUGUCAAGCAUUGCUCAGGACAGCAACUUCAAAACCCAUAACGGUCAGGAUCCCAUGAUGCUGAUGGACGCUGAGAAGAGAGAACAUGAACAAAAAUUACGCAAAAUGGAGGCUGAUAUGGAGUCCGUCUUUGCACAAAAGGUCGCUGAAAAAAGCCAAAAGCUCAAGGAAUUCGACGACGAUCUAUCGCACCGAGCCGAGCAGAUGCGCGAUCAGUUGCGGCAGGAGGAAGCCGCUUACGAGGCUGACCGGCGUGCUUUUGAGGAACAGAAGGCCAGGUGGGAGGAGGCCUGGCGCGAAUGGGACAUUGGGGCUGAUCUCGGUGGCAGUGGCGGACUAGUCGGACUUGGUGAGCGCGUGCUCUCAGAGGUCAUAAGAGAGCGGAGCAAGACAGAGAAGAAAAGAAGGGGGCUUUUCUGA